GUAUUUAUACCCCGUUCACCCACUCCUCAAUAGUUAUUACAGUCCAGCGGUACGUUACUAAAAGGCCAGGGCCUUUUUCCAUUUCCCUCACGAUUCGUCAUGCUCUACCUCCAAAUUCUCUAUUCAUUCACGAGCGACGACAUCACGACUACCAUUGUUCCCAUUACGCUAUUCGCAGUCGUGGCUGGGCCACUCUGCAAUUUCCAACGUUUUUCACACAUUGUUUUCUGGAUUUGGCUCCAUCUACUCCAUUUUAAUGUCGCCAAUCAAAUAAUCGAUCCUCAGGAGGAUGGGAAGAACAAGUCUUCUCGACCUAUACCUGCAGGACUAAUAAGCCUGGAAGACGCUCUUGUGUUACGUUGGGCUCUCAUUCCCAUAUGUCUCGCCCUAUCCGCAUGCUACAGCUUCCAAGUCUUUGGCUUAAGCCUCGUGUUGACGCUGUUCAUAAUCUUCUAUAAUGAGCUUAAAGCCCACGAGCAUUGGAUCUCGAAGAACUUUAUAACGGCAGUGGGUUACGCUUGCUUUGAAAUUGGUUCCACUCUUAUCGCAGGCAAAGAUAUGUCACGGUUAGAACCCACCGCAAUUUCAGCGAUUGCCUUGAGCCUCGCCGUGUUCACGAGCACAUUGCACGCUCAGGACUUCAAAGACGUGGAAGGAGACCGCCUUAUUGGCAGGCGAACAUUACCCAUAGCAUUCCCGAAUCUAGCGCGGACAUCUAUGCUGGUGGCCCUUCCUCUGUGGUCCAUCUGCUUGUCUCGUGUUUGGGGAGUGAAUACACUCUGCACGCUUGUAUUCACAGGAUAUGCAGCGAUGGUGGGGCUCAGAUUCAUGACCUGCAAGACAUCAAAGGCAGCGCGAAUGUCUUGCAAAUUGUAUAGUCUAUGGUUUUCUGUCGCACAUCUUCUCCCUGCCUAUUGGCGAUACUUCCACGGAGAACAGAAUUAUGCCUUUUGAACGUCCUAACUUAUUGAUAAUGCGAUACGACUGUUGUAUUUGAUGUAGUUUUUGGAGGCUGUAGUUUGGUUGUAGUUGUAAUCUGUAUCACCAAACGGAUGCAUUUUUUUUCAUCAAUACUUGUUCGGCAAUGACAUGUGCCACGGACCCGCUAACUUGUCGGCCGGUAUCACACAACUCCACCGAGUCGCAUGAAAGUCGCCUGACAUAUCCACACUCUUAUUAAUAUGUCAGGACAACAUCCAAACUUCAGGACUCAGGCACUUGAGAAAGCUGUGAAUCUAGAUGAGGUUUUAUUCUCUCAGGGGUACUAGGUCAGGACGACACACGGAAGAUAAUCUUAGCUGCCA